AAGGCGGGCUGUAUGAUGAUAUCAGAACCCAAACAUUGACUUUCCAUAGAGGGGAUUUCUACUUUCGGUUUUUAGUUUCGAUGUCCCUUUUAAUUUUUAGUCUUACAACAGUGGAAUGAUCGGUUGUGGAAGUUCUGUCGAUAUCAUGAUUGACAUCUGCUAAACGUGUCUGUGUAUGACGUUUGAGAACUGACUUACUGUGGACUGUGGGUGUACUUUCCAACCUGAACCUAGAAGAGUAGAGCCAGUAGACUGAAAGAGCAAAGACAUGAAUAAUAAUAGCAGUUGUAGGGUCGUUUUUAUCCUGAGAAAAAGCAAUGCUGCUGUUCACUGUGUAGAAAGUUGUCUCAGUGGACUGCAAGCGUCAGCGGAGAAGUCAGAUGCCCCACAGGAGCUUGUCACAAACGUUGAGUGUCUGUGUUUAUUCUCUUCUGGAAAAGAUUUCUUGAAGGUUGUUUUGGUCGACAACGAUAAUCAAUGGAUCUCUGUGGAACAGCUACAGUCACAUCUACGAGAAGAUUGCGGUGUGGAUGACAGCAAAGAAAGUUUGUUGUCAUCUGAGGAAGACAGGAAUAAAGACACUGCGACUGUUCUUCACACUGUCGCUGAUUCUCAUCCAUAUUUGGGGAGCAGUUUACAUGUGGUCUUAGUGCUGGACAAUGAAGAUAUUGACAGCCCACAGAGUUUUGUCCCCCUGUCCGGUGCGCUCCUUCGCCUCCACCAGUGGCACAACGCCAGAUUCACGUUGUUCAAGCUGGACCCGGAACUGUCGUCGCUGGCUGUCCAGCUCUCCCAAAUGACCCAGGCUGUGGUCAGUUCUGACUCUCGGGGCUUCUGUCUGGCCCGUCCCUUCUGGGAGGGAAAAGUGAACGUCAUGGACAGGGUGGAGGAGAGAGGUCAUGAGCUAUAUGGCUUCUAUCUGAUGUGCGAAGACUGGAAUGCCUUGCUGGAGCAAAAACUGAUGCUUUUUCAACAAGACACCAUAGAAAAAUGGAAGGGCAAGAUCGAGGCACAAAAGAGGGAUCCCGAGCUUGCAGUAUUUGGACGGACCAUCGAGGUCCUCCAGGAAGUGGACUUGAGCACACUGCCGUGGAUCUUACUGGACUCCUUUGUGUUGGACCUACACGUGUUCAGCGGCGGCAGCUCAGCGUUUCACGACCACGUACAGGAACUGACUCAGACUGGCUUGCUGGCCCGGCUCCGCAUGUACCCCGACAGACGCCGUGUCCCCAGCUGUGGGGAGCUCGACUUCAUCAACUCAUCCGCCUGGAAGGAGAGGAUCCUGAGUGACUAUCAAAACUCUCAAGAACCGAUGGAACAAAGCGUCCUGGAUGACGUUCACUUCCUGUACUUUGUGAUGCUGCCCGGCGCUGACAGUGGCUCAGUUGUGGCCAGAGUGCUUCUCUCCCCUCCUGAGAUGAACGUGGAGCUGGUCGCUCUGAUCCAGGAUCAUGAAAUAUUCCAUGAUCCAAGUGCAAGGCAUGAGGAGUUUCCCUUGAACGAUUCGCUGUUGGGAGACUGUGCUGUCUUGGAGAGCGAAAAAGUUCAUCAUAUGAUCAGAGCACUUUCAACUCCACUUCAAGAUGAGGAGCCUGGAGGAAAGGAAGAGCAAAAACGUGUACAGUCGGCUCAUGAAGAUAUUUUCAGGCAAGCCAGAGAAGGAUGCAGCACACUGAGAGAAUACAUGACCAAGCAGAGCGUUGAUGGCUCUGUACCUCUUGACGUACAGUGGAUUCCAGAGUCAUCGCGUGACCUGUCAGUUCUCCCGGAGAGACGUGCCCUGGAGGCUGCGGAAGUCGCCUCGAGAAAGUUGCGGAGUUUCCUGUCCAUGGACAGCCACCCCGCGGCCUCGCCGAUUUGUGCUUUCAAGGAAGAGAAGAGCUCAUCACCGGGGCAUUUCACCAUUGACGAAGUUCUGAGCCUACUGAAGAAAGAAGACUUACAGAUGGAAGCUCCUCCUGGGGCGGUCAAGUUGGCGGGUAGAAAUCUGUGCCGUGUGGACAGCCAGUGUGACCUGAGGACCCCAUGGCCCGACAGUCAGUCCAUGAUGUUCCACGACGUGUAUUACUACAGCUCAGAAGAGGAUUUAAAAUUUGAACGCAGAUAUGCUCGAGUGCGUGAUAAAGGUUACUUUAACGACACCUGCAGUUCUUUCGUCUCUCCGAAGAAGAAGAAAAAGUUGGAGUUACGGAGAUCUGAGUCUCCUGUGUGUCACUCAACGUUGUUGAUGACCAGAAGCAAGUCAGAAGUCUGUCAGAGUGCUGCUCCGAAAAAACUGGGUCAAAUGGAUAGUACGUUCAAGCAGCCAAGAGCUCGCCCUUACAGCCGUAGCCCCCACAAGAGAUUGCCCUCCUCGAUGGCAUCGACUCCAAGAGUCUCCCAAGAAACUACAGCAAAAAGAAGAGCCCUGCUGUCACCUUUUGCUUCUGCAUCAUCGUCAUCUCUGUCGUCAUUAUCAUCCUCUUUGCCAUUAGUGAGGCGAAGUCCACGGAAACUUAAGUCCAAUUCUCGAGCAAGGGAAAAUUCUUUUUCGUCCCAUAAUUCCACAUUUCAAGAAACAAGUGCUGGUAGGGGGCAGUCUAUAGGACCAGUCCAGUCCCGUGUCAGGCGGUCUACCUUAGCUGUCUGUUCCUCUGGUGACUUUCCGGAGAAUUCUUCCAAGUUUGGCAGUAAAACCAGCAGAAAUCGAUUGACUCUUAGUGAAGAUUUCAGUUCAGAAGGAGACCAGAGUUUGUCGUCGGGCAGCCCAGUUCUCAGAACUAUUCCUUCCAGCAUCCAUCAGGACCUACCGGUUCGCAGAUCGCCGAGGAAACUGUUCGGAGCUCCGGCCAGAGAUCAUGAGGGAGGCAACAGUUCAGGUAGUGAGACUAGUGAGAGCAAAUCAAAGCCCUCUCGGACUGUGAGUGCAGGCAGUGGGAGGAGACCAGAUCAGACAUUCCGAGUUUCCUCAAGUGGUGAGGCUGCACCGGGUGCUGGUCAGAGGUUGAAUAGUUCCAGCGAGCAGGAAACACCCGCGAAACCGACAGCCAGUGCCACUUCCGUGAGGAGGGAGGUUGAGGACAAAAAGGCGUCAAAGCUAAAGCGUUCUGAAAGACACAAGAUGAGACUUCAGAAAAUAAUUGUCACAGCUUUGGAGGAGAAAGGUGUCGGGAAAGACAACCCCAUUCAUGCAGCGUGUCUGAGGAAUGUGUUCAAUGUCAGUCUGGUGCUGCUGAAGACUCUUCCCAACUCUCAAAACCUGACAGAGGAAAUGAAAAAUGUUGUCUACAGUCAAGUUCAACAAAUCAUCAACCUGGAGAAGCGGAGGAGCGGGAUAGCAAUCUAAACCUGUCCCUUGCUGUUGUCGUGAGCAGACUAAAGGCCGAUGUCGCCUUCAUUUCAUGGAAUCCUCACUUGGCAUGGGUGCUCUGUUACCAUCAUGUUGAACAUGGUUCUAAUCCCAGACUAGUUCUUGUACUCAAUUUGCUUUGUGGAUUUUUCAUAACUCUCAACUCAUUUGUCUUGGUUGUUUUGGAGAUGGAUGUUCAAUUGGGAGGUCCUGCCUCAUUCAUAACCUAAUAGUGUUGUCAGGGGGCAUACUUUUUUCACUUGGCACUUAUAUACAUGGAGUCAAAAUUGUCCAGAACAGCCACCCUCUAUCAAGAAGAAAAGUGUUUCUCUUAGACAGUGUCAUUAGUAAACAGAAAUAAACGCAAGGGGGGAAUGUGGGAAGUGGUUAUUUGUACAGGGGAUUCUGAUUGUCUUACUAGACAGGUGGCUGUUGGAGUUAGAGCAAGUGCGGCUGUAUGUGGGUAGUCCAGGUAGCUGCUUUUAAUUUUGAAUGUUUCAACAGGACAGGUCCUCUCUAUUUUCUGAGCCUGAGUUAGAGUGGACCAGUUCAUCCCCCGACUUUAGCUUAAGGCACGGUUCAGUUUCAACUUGUUGUGCUGUGAAUUUCUUUAAACUCACUGGUUUAUUUUUUUGUAUGCGGUCACUUUUGUGCUGAAAAACAUUUUUAGAUAUGAUGAAUAAAGCUUUUUACUUAAAACACCAAAAA